GAACGUGCAUGCGCGUGCGUGCGUCCACUAGCAUGUGUGUGCGUGUCUCUCUCUCUCUCUCUCUCUCUGUGUGUGUGUGUGUGUGUGUGUGUGUGUGUGUGUGUGUGUGUGUGUGUGUGUGUGUGGUGUGGACCAGCAGCCAACACACACUUAACAUUCGUUCGCAACAUGGCGUUGAAGCGCCGAGAGACACGACGGCUCUCCCCAGACUAAUGCAACACUGUAGUUAGUUAAAAGAGUGGGGACUGUUCGCCUAAAGACCGAAAACAUUCACGAGGACUCCUUUACGCACCGGCGGAGACAAUAGCGGAUUCCAACGUAUGCAUGUCGCUAUAACGGUAUAGCUGGUUGUAUAGACGAACGCUGCUACCCCACUGGUGGAAAUCAAAGGCUGUACAUGGCGGUGGAGAGCACUAUUUGGCUGUUCUGUUUUCUUUCGCUGUUUUGUGGUCCAUCCAAGCAAGAAAAGCCUAAUUCAGUGGAGCUGAGCUGCGGGGCCGGGCCCAGCCAUGUAGUUUUAGAGCCAGGUUUGCCCCUCCUGCUGGACUGCAACCUUGGGGCCAGCGACACACCUUUCAAUGUCACAUGGCUUCAGGAUGGCAAGCCUCUGCCUACAGAAGGGGGGGACUCUCUGCAGUAUUUGGCUAACGGAUCUCUCUUGCUGCUGCCAACCUCUGAGGAUGGCCUGCCGACCCGGGGUGUGGAGGGGGGCUACAGCUGUGUGAGCGCCAAUGCCCUUGGAGCCCUGACCAGCAGGACUAUAAAUGUUCUCCUAGCAACUCUGUCCAAGUUCCAUCAGGAGCCUUCACCACAAACAGUGCUCACUGGGGGAGCUGCCCGCUUCGAAUGUCAGAUUGAGGGAGUACCUACUCCUGUUAUCACCUGGGAAAAAGACAACCAUGACAUCCCUGAAGACACAAGGUUAAUUUCCCUUCCUAACGGGGUGCUUCAGAUUCUGGAGGUGACCAAGGAAGAUGAGGGUGCCUACCGCUGCGUUGUGUCCAACUCUGCCAGGAAGCAAAUCAGUCAUGAAGCCAGUCUCACAGUCACCACAGGCUCUUCUGAAGCCCUGAAUAGAGUUACGAUUGUUGCACCUCCUCAGAAUGCUUCAGUUGUACUCGGCCGCCCCGCUGUGAUGGAGUGCAUGGCACAAGGCCAGCCGAAGCCCAUGGUGUCUUGGAGCAGACAAGAUGGAAAGCCCAUUUCCACUGAUGUGGUUGUCCUUGCAACGAACCUGGUUAUUAGAGACACAAGAAGCCACCAUACCGGCAUCUAUGUCUGCAGGGCCAACAAGCCAAUGACUAGAGAGUUUGUCAUUGCUGCUGCUGAGCUGCAUGUGCCUGCCCCCCCAGUCAUUCUUCAGCCCCCAGAGACGGCCUCCCUGUCCCGGGGAAACACAGCCAGGUUUGUGUGCAACAGCUCUGGGGAGCCUCCUCCUGUGCUCCACUGGCUGAAGGAUGGCCAGCCCAUCAAGCCAUUCAGACGGGUGAAGAGCCAGAGCCCCGGAGUUUUGCUCAUAAACCAGCUGGCACUGGAGGAUGCUGGGUACUACCAGUGCAUAGCAGACAACGGGCUGGGCACGGCCUGUGCCACUGCCAAGCUCACAGUGAUUGUGAGGGAAGGUCUGCCUAGCCCUCCUCAGCACCUGUCAGCCACGCCCUUCUCUAGCACUAGUGCCCUGCUCACCUGGGAGAAACCUGAGUACAACUCAGACCAAAUCAUUGGCUACUCAGUGCACUGCCAACUUGCCUCAGGCUCUGAUAAUGUCGAGUACCAGUUUGCAAUGAACAAUGACACCACAGAAUAUCAUGUCAAAGAGCUUCUCCCGCACACUGCCUACACAUUUUUUGUGGUGGCUUACUCUCCCAUGGGAGCCAGUCGCCCAUCCCUGCCCGUCACUGUGGAGAUGCUGGAGGACGUGCCGAAUGCACCUCCUCAGCUGUCUAUAGCCAGCACCUCCCCCACAGACAUCAGACUCAUGUGGCACCCAUUGUCCUCGCAGCAUAGUCGAGGAGCUGUCACCCGCUACCGCAUUGAGUACAGCACUCUGGAUCAGGUGGACUCUGUGUUCUCAGUGGAAGUGGGGGGUAAUGAGACUCAGUUCACACUCAGAGAGCUUCAGCCCAACCAGGCCUACAGACUGAGGAUUGCAGCUGGAACAGUCGUUGGCUUCGGGGUUCCCUCUGAGUGGGCCCAGCACCAAACAUUAGCCCUCUACAACCACAGCAACCACAGCUUGGUGGUCUUUGCCCCUACUGAGCUUAAAGUCAGAGCCAGAGUGAACACACUCAAUGUGACAUGGCACCCCUCACCCAAUCACACACUGGUGUCUGGGUACAAGCUGUCCUGUCGUGAGAUGGAGGCUGAAGAUUCGACCAAUGGAGAAAGAACAACACAGACCCACACCAUCAGGCUCCGGAAGAAGGCCAGGUAUCAUCUCCUCACUGGGCUGGUCCCUGACCGGCAGUACGAGGUGAAGGUUUGGGCUUUCAACAAACAGAUAGAAGGAGCAGCUGCCGUGUGGAAGGGAAGGACAGACAAGGCUCCAGGACCAACAGCACUGCCCAUGCGCCCCCCUCCGCUGCCCCCAAGCAGCAUCAGAGCCACAGCCAACAGCUCCACUUCCAUCUGGCUGUGUUGGGAGAAGCCACGGUUCAGCAACGUACGCAUCAUCAACUACACAGUGCGCUGCAGCCCUGCAGGGACCACCAAUGCCUCGCUGGUCUCCUAUCACACCAGCUCUGCUCAGGAGAUACUGCUUGGGGCGCUGAAGCCCUUCACCCGCUAUGAGUUGGCGGUGCAGUCCAAUGGGGUGGGUGUGGUGGGACCCUUCAGCGGCACAGUGGAAGAGUCUACUCUGCCUGACCGGCCCUCAACACCUCCAGAGGAGCUGCAGCUGAGUGCGCUGGACUCAUCCUCUGUGCUGGUUAGCUGGCGCCCUCCACUGGAACCUAAUGGUAUCAUUGUCAGCUAUAAAAUCCUUUACAGUGGCAACCUCAGCCAACCGGAGCACAUGUGGGAAAACCUCUUUCAGGAUGGGAAAAUCACCAGUGUGGAGGUCGAGGGUUUGUCCAGUGAUACCCGUUACUUUUUCAAGUUGGGAGCAUCUACAGAAGUUGGGCCAGGGCCUUAUUCCCCUGUAAAGGAUGUUCACAUCCCCCAUCAGCAAUAUGAGCUGGACAUCCAUGCGGUGACAGGCAUUAUAGUCGGUGUUUGUUUGGGACUGAUUUGCAUCCUCCUCUGCAUGUGUUUUAGCUUUCGUAAUGGCAAAUCUAGGGAGGUGUCUGGGGGCCUGGACUCCACAGCUGUGACCCCAAAGUACAGGAGAGGAGGCAGCCCUGUUCCCUCCACCGUGCCGGAGUGCAGCGAUAGCCAUGAGCUGGAGACACUGAUGCCCCUGGGCAGCCAAGAGUCUGGUCAGCCGUUAGAGGAGGCCCCAGAGGAUCAAAGCCUGAUGGCUGCUUGGAAUGGCUCUGUGAGCCAUAACUGGGCCAACAGAAUCACAAGAUACAGAGAAACCAUAACAGAAGACUCUCCAGCACUCAUUAAUGGAGCUCUCAACAAGCAAAUUAGUGAUAACAACACGGACUGCGGAGAUCGUCUGUGUUCUUCCAUGUGCAGUAACAAGGUGGAGGCAGAAGUCAUAGUUCACUCAGAGCUGUCAGACCCAGAGAGAGCGAAAGAGGAGGAGGGCAGCCAAAGUGAGACAGAUACUAAUGCCACGAGGGGACACUCAUUAUCAGAGGACACGUAUUACCCUUUGAGCCCGCCAAGUCCACCAGGAGAGGAGGAAACAAUAGAACAAAUAUCAAUGGCCCAAACCCCUUUGAGUCUUCCCUCGAUAAAGUUAGUGGCCAAUCACAACGGAGAGCUAGAAGGCAUGGGGGACCAGCUAGACAAAGAGCCACAGCAGAGCACGGGGCUUACCAAUGGCUUCCACUCCCCAAAGACAGUGCGUUGUGUGCUGAGGUCAGAGCAACUGGGGAACGGGGACUCAAGACACUGCCCAUCAGCACCCGGGAAGGCCAUUUCAGCAGGGCUGUCCCCUGCCCCCUUUGUCAGCUCCGGCCUUGUCCACUCUACCUCAGCAGCUCACAGUUAUUUGUGCCCGUAGCCUCUGCAUGUAGGGCAUGGACCCUUACACAAACACACAGACAUCAGACUGAUUUUCUUUUUUUGAUGUACCAGGAAGAAUCCCCUCGGAUUAUUUUUAUGCACCUCAUCAUUGGAUUCCUUUCUCUCACUUGCAAUGGUAUUAUAGGUACUUUGAAUCCAUUGUUUCAUAUGUGUGUAUGUACAGUUUACAUAUACAGUAUCAUUUUAGUGGUAGAGUACUGUACAUGGGUAUGCUUUCUCUUGCAUUGCAACCAUAGUUUUCCUCUGGGUAUCUUUCCUGUCCAUGGGAGAGAAACGAAAGAUUUAACUAAACCAAGCAGAUGGAAGAGGAUUGAAAGAGGCUAUCCCCACUGUGUCGCACAUGGCUCCGGUCCCCUCAGGAAUGAGAAAAACUGGAAUGUUCUGCUAGUGAGUGAGACAGGCUGCCAUCUUGGAUGGGAGGAAUCCAGAGCACAGGCGUUUCCUUGGGUUUCGAUGUGUGGAUGCUACUUUAAAGAGUGACACAGAAGUACAAGCCUUAAAGAAUACCUGCGCACUCUGACAGUGCUGCACACCUGUGUCUCUAUCCAGCCACCUGCUGUCUCAGGGUCCACACACACGCAUACACACAGACAAACACACACACACACACAUAUACACACACACAUAAACACACAAAGAAAGCUAAAGUAAAGCUGAUUCCUUGGUCUCUCAUGGUAAUCCAUAGACAAACAUUUACACACACAUUUCUUGACAAACGUGUGGGGGUCUCAGGUGCCUGACUAUUAAGGUGAAUUUAUCACUUCUGUAUAUUUCUAUAGAUUUUAUUCAGUACAAACACAAAACACAGCAAGAAAGAAAAAAAAACUCAUGAUGUAAAAAUAUUUGGAGAGUUCAGAUUUGAUACAAAUGAAGGUAUGUUUCCAAAAUGCCCUAUGUGAAGGUGGUGUCAUUUUGUAAACCAGGGGGCACGCAGUUCAAAAGUGGUUUUGCAGUAUUUCAGAUGGUGGAUAUUCCAUUUUGGAAUCCAAGUAUUUACAUGUUCAUGUUAGGAUUAGUUUAACUCUGUUGUUGGGAGAACAACAACUUCGGGUUCUGCUCAUACUUAGGGAUGCACCAAUGCGCUACUGUGCCAUUCAUUUUAGUCAGUACAAACACUUGUCGUGUUUUUCAUUACUUUGAUGGAAAUCACCUUACUUACAAGCAUAUUUGGUUCCAGCUGUAUGAGAAGAUCUCCAGCUUUACUCUUACACAGUACAAAUCACUCUUAAGUUAACCUGAAUGAUCUGAAUGUAUCAGAUAGGAAAGGCGUUAGAUGAGUAAUAAACAAAUCUAUUCAAAUUUAAUUUUUUUCAUUGUCCCAAAACCUUUAAUGUAUUCCUUGUGAGUUCAAUACGAUUUCUUACCAUAAUAAUGAAGUGUGAAAGAGGAAAUGGUGCAUCUCUACUCCUUAUCAACAACACUACCUCAUUUCUUUUCAGGACUAUUUCCGAUGUGUUUUUUUUAGCUUAAAUUAACUAGCACCUUUUUAAGAUCUAUUUUUAACUUGUCUCAUAAAACAUCCUUUGGUAUAUUCCCAAAUUAAGUGUCAGACACUGACAGUAAGUUCUUUCAUCAUGUCAAAGGAAUUUAUAUCACCUUAGUGUACCUCUGCUUCCUCUCAGAUCUCUGACAGAUUUUGCCAUUCAGUAAUGUGCUUAUGGUAAACUCUUUACUUCAGAAAACAUAAACAUCACAUUUCUUUCAUAUCUUUAAUGUCAAAUUCGGGUUUUGAACCUGAAGUUCCACUCAAGGCUGUGCCAAGUACAGAGAAAGGAAGGUAAAAUCUCACACAUGCACCAGGCAAGGUGCUACUUUUAUUGUUGUCUUUAAAAUAACAAAGAGUCUGUUUUUGAGUGAGUUAGAAGCUGGUUUUAUUUGGUUUUUCACAUCAUGAAUAAUAUUCUGAGGAUGCUUAGGUCUCAGAAAGGGUAAGGGUUACUUCGCAUGAGUGCCAUAAAAACUGCAGAUGACAUAGUUUGUUGUACAUCUGUGUGAUUCUGAGGUAAUGGCAGGUUAGCAAAGGUUGGGAUCGGUUAAUAAUAGUAAUCAUUUAUCCAUUCAAACGAUGGACAGAACGAGAGAGCAUUGAGUCCAGCUUUGUUUUGCUUGAUGUCUUAUUUUCUCUCAGGUGGCUUUCUUCUAGUCAUCCAGCAUUGAAGGGGAUUUAACAAACCACUUCUCUCUUUUCUUCUCAUGUCUGUGUGUGUGUGUUAAAUCUCACCAGCUCAACUCGAUUACAUCAGCAACAAACAUAUAUGAUUCCUCAUGACAUGCCGGGAGCACCCUGAACGCAUUUGUCACAAACAUAGUUGUUUAUUCUGUAGAACUGAUAUAGUUUUCUGAUCGAAAAGCAUGGUUGGUACCUCAAAGAGACAUAUUUUUUUAGCCUUGCCAUGUAUGUUCUAAACAUCACAACAAUGUAAUGUGUUUUUACUGCACUAGCAGUCAUAUAGGGACAGAAGUGAAUGUGUUCUCAGCAAACCUGGGUCAAACAAUAAUUACUGUAGGUGAGCAAGGUUUGCAGAAUCAGGAUAAGUCAGAUUUUACAGACUAUAAAUUAGAGAACUAUUUUUUAAAUACAGUCUUAUCAGAUUUAAAAAUGUAUGGCACUCAGUGCAUACUUAUUUGGCAAACCACACUAAAUUUGUACAUAAAGACCAAAUUAAUUGUCAGCACAUCUAUAGUGGGAAACUGCAGCAGCAUGUCAAACCUAAAUAUUGGUAAACUUCCAAUCAAUGAUGUCAGAGCAGGUUUCAAUCAGCUGAGUGAAAAUCUUGCUGUGAAGUCAUUUAUUUGGGCGACCAUUUGAAUAAAGAGAGCUGCUAAAUCUCUUCAUAUGCAGUAAGCUUAAGCAAACCACCAAAACUCAGUAAUGUUUUAUCCAGGUUCUUUACUGAUACUGUUUUUUCUUGAUACUGUUUCACAUCAUCCUCUAAAGCCCAUGUGUCCUGAGUUUUAAAUGAAAGCAUUCCAGUUUUAUAUCUUACAUAUACCUCUCUCAGUCCAGGUCAGCCAUGAUUAGUGUGUAGGCCUUCGUUAAGAAGAGAUGUGCUUGAAUGCCUGAAUGUUUUUCUCACAGGUCUAACAUGUUUCAUCCAAAUGCUUCAGUUCUUCUGUUCACAUUUAAGAUAUUGUUUGGACUACAACAAAGUGGAUGGAGUUUACUGAAACAGGGUCAUUGAGAAGGUGUUUUUAAUAAGUUGCCAGUCACUUUGUCUCUCAAACUGUUUCUCACCUGAAGUGGCCAUUCAAAAAAACAAUUAUACACACUUUAUUUGAACUAAUUUUAGUAACAUACAGUAUUUCCCAUUUGUUUUAUUCCCCUUACAUAAAGCAGCAUUACCCAGUAAAUGAAGUAUGCUUUUCUUACAGAAGUUUCUUUAACUCGUCAUCCAUUGUCAUUUAAAACAAGGUACGUGUUUUUUUCCCUUUGUCUGUUUGUUGGCUAUAACAAUCAGAGAUUUUUGUGAAGAAAACUGCUCGUGCUCAUUUAGUUAAUAAUUACUGUGAUUUUUUUUAAUCCUCCUUUUCAAGGGUUUCAUUAAACAGUAUACCUCAUGAUGGUAACGUGUUGGUGUAAGUCUGAUCAGUUGGUUGGUACUGCACAUUUUGUAACGAGUAGAACAUAAGCAUCCUUUUGUAUUUGUAAGCAUCAAGUCUUAGAGGACAGGGUUGACUGUUUCAUUUUACCUCAGUGAGCGUUUUCACUCAUUUCAGUGGCCUGGAUUGUCUGGUCGGGUUGAGGGGUCAUUCAACGUCAUCUAAAAUUGUUUUUUACGUUGUUAUUCUGCAAGGGUAGCUAAAAUCUUUCAAACUUAAACCAUGAGAUAAAGCAAAAGAUCUUUCUGCUACCGCUGAAUAACAGUGUAAAAUCCCUUUUCGGUAUAUUACCACUCUGACACAUCCAGGUGACUGAAGUAGUCUACAUAGAAGGGAGAAGGGCUGAAAGGACACCCUCCCCAGACAGAUCAUACCUCAGUGCAGCCAGCCAUUAAAAAAAAGUCUCUUCUCUACUCAGGUGCCCCAUCUUUGCAUAAAAUUGUGGAGGAUCAUGCCAGCAUAUUCAACUCAGAUACAUGUCAUUUGUUGUCAAACCAAGUCUAGUUUUUACCUUUUAGAAAGUAAAUCCAGGAAAAUCUUAUCCAUUGAUGAUAUUUUGUUUUGUACAAUCGAUGUAUUUCCGUCUCUCUUCCGGUGCUUUGUGGUGAGCUGAUUUGUCCAGUGAUGUCACAUUGUUGUGCAUUUUUUGUAUGUCUUCUCUAGUUUUAUGUGUACCAGCUCAAUUCUGCUUCUCAGAAUGUGUAAAGCACAGACUCAGACUCUGUAGUCAUGUGCUACCAAUCUGCAGCUAUACUUAGACACCUUUGUAAUAGUUGUGUGCUGGACAAGAUCUCAUUUGUAUCCAAAAGAUGCUACUGUCGGAGCAAAUUGUAGGAACACUUCAAAGAUUAGCUUUUUUUUUUCUUGGGCCAUAAGCAACUGUCAUUUUUACAUUUCUAGAAGUGCAAUUUUCUUACUCUGUAACAUGACAGAUGGAUUACUCAGUGUUAGACAUGGCAGCCAUAAUUUGUGAUAGAAACAUUGCUUGUUCAGAAGAAUCAUCACAGGAUAGGUAGUACUUGUGGUUGCUAGAAAUAUUUCCACCAUUUUACUCAUCAAAACUCGAAACAACUCUCAAGAUGUUUGUGGACAACAACUCUUCUGUAAAUAAACAUCAAAGA